CUGACACAGCUCAGACGGAACUUAACACUUCUUUCAUUUAAAUAGAGGGUUUGUAAACUGUAGUCUAUUAUAGUUACAGCAGUCAUUUUUACAGUACUAGAAUGUGUUUUAUAUUUAUAUAUAUAUAAUUCUUCCCUAUGUGACACGCACACAUUGCACUACCUUACAGUAUUCAAGUGAUACGAAACCUACUGUCUCGUGCGCAACAAGUAAGGGCAGUGUACACAUGACACCGUUGACUGGUUUCUUCGCGAGCGCAGGAGCGGUACGCGCAGGAGCGGUACGCGCAUCUGCGUGUCCGUGAUGGCUGUUCGCUCCGGUCGCGUGAGGCGGAGGGGAGGCGCGUCUCCGUGCCGUGUGUGCUCUUGUUGUCACACGCGCCAUAGCCGCGCGCGUGCACUCCUCUCCUUCGAGCUGCUAAUAUGGAGGAUUGCUGAGACGUGUGGAGAGACAUUCCCGUAUCUUACCGACCGCCUCACGCCCGCGUUUGGAAGUGAUCGGAUCCGUCUGAUGGUGUGCUACAGCUCGUCUUCAGGAUGAGCGAGGAGAUCUGAUCCCAUCCUGGCUCCUCCACAGGCCUUCUCCAUCUCUGUCUCCUGCCUGCGUUUUUCCAUGGGCUCCCGCAGCCAGGGCUUCCACCACCCGCACCACCUGCACCACCCGCAGCGCAGUUCCGUGGUGCCCCCAGCCAUGCCCCGACUGAUGCCUGAGACGGGCAGCCUCCUGGGGGGCAUCGCCCAGAUCACGCCCACGCUGUUCCUCAGCCGUGGCAACGUGGCGUCCAACCGUAGCCUCCUGCUGUCCAGGGGCAUCACGUGUGUGGUGAACGCCACCAUCGAACUGCCGAACUUCAACUGGCCACACAUGGAGUACAUGAAGGUGCCCCUGACGGACAUGCCGCACUCGCCCAUCUCCCUGUACUUCGACAGCGUCGCCGACAAAAUCCACAGCGUGGGCCGCAAGCGUGGGGCCGUGUUGGUGCACUGUGCGGCCGGCGUGAGCCGCUCCGCCUCCCUCUGCCUGGCCUACCUCAUGAAGUACCACCGCGUCUCUCUGGCGGAGGCGCACGCCUGGGUCAAGGCACGCCGGCCUGUCAUCCGGCCCAACGGUGGCUUCUGGCGCCAGCUCAUUGAGUAUGAGAGGAAGUUGUUUGGCAAGACAUCGGUAAAGAUGGUGCAUACGCCCUACGGCAUCAUACCCGACGUGUACGAGCGAGACCGCCGCGGCCUGGCGCCUUACUGGGGCCUGUAGAAGAGGCGCAGGGUGCUGUUGUUAUGGUGGCGAUGGGCGAGGGGACAGGAAGGCAAGCAGACCGGACUGCCAAACUCGACCGGAUUGGCUGAUACCGCCGUGACAUCACUACAUUCUCGUCCGGAGUGACAGAACCAGAGCGGUCUGUAGGAGGUUGACGUUGUGACCUAGUGGCAUUGGAAGAUCGUAAGGCAGAGCGGAGAUUCAGCAUUCAGUCUUUCCUUUCAGAUUCCACCCACAUUCCUGCUGUAAUGAUGUUCCACUCUCACUCUCGGAGUGUCCUCUCCGUUACUGGUGGCAUUUUCAAACAUAUUCACGUACGGACUGGUCUGUUCAACCAGAGAUAGGGUUAGUUGGGAAGGAAUGGGCACUGCUGAGUGGCACAAGAAUUCGGACAGAUUGAUUAUAAAAUAUGUGACAUGCUAGGAAUUUGCUGUAUUCCAAAAGAAUCUUUAUGGAAAAAAUUUGAAAUUCCAUGGAUUUGGGAAUUGUGGUGAGGAUCAAACAAAUUAGACACAGUUUGGUAAUACUUCAGGAAAUGGAUGCAAUUGGUUUUCCUCCAACAUCUGGACCUCUAACAAUGUGUUUGUUUAUAAAUAAUGUAGUGCUUGAUUUUUCUUAUAAAGCUGUCUUCAAUAGACGAUUUAACACCAAGAUUAGUCUGGCAGAGUUCAAAAAUAAGACAAUAAGCAAGUUAUUCUUUAUCGUGGAUGAAAUGCAGAACGAAACUGAGAAGUGAAGACGUAACUAUUGUGUUGUUAAUAAACCAUU